AGCACAGCUAUGUUUUCCUGUCUUCAGGAGGAAGUCACUACCUGUUAUUAGAUGAAAUUUCUCAUAACUUCCACCAGCAUGGCCACGAGGUCCGCAUGCUCUUACAACUAGGCAACCCCAUUCUCUCAGGUUUUUCUUACGCAGGUCGUGCAGACAGUUACCAGUUGAGCACCUGGUCCUUAGGAGAGACGUACAUCAGAGAAUACAAUGACUGGUUCCUGGAGCAGCAAACGCAGUUUCUACUGGGAAGAGAUAACUUUGAUAGCUUUCUAAAAUUCAUGGGCCACCUGUCCUAUCAGUGUGAUAAGCUGUUAGAGGACAAGGAGAUAAUAACUUUCCUCCAGAGGGAGCGCUACGACAUCACCAUCCUUGAUGCUUUUAACCCCUGUUCCUUCAUCCUGGCUCGCAAACUUGAUAUCAGCUACAUAGCCUUCUAUCCCGGCACUCUGAACGGUCCUCUUUCCAUCGCUCUCUCCAGCCCAGUCUCCUACAUCCCAGUCUUCAGCUCCCAGCUGUCCGACCACAUGAACCUUUGGGGUCGUGCAAAGAACCUCUUUUAUUCUUUCCUGGCACCCAUAGGCCAAGAACUCAUAUGGUCGAUAUUUGUGGAUUUAGCUGAGCGCCACCUAGAGUCAGGUGCACCCCCUGGAGGUUUGGAGGAGUUACAUCAAGGAGCUGAACUCUGGGCCUUCAACACUGAUUUUUCACUGGAGUUCCCCCAGCCUCUUAUGCCCUACACUGUGCUGGUGGGGGGUCUGCUGAACAAACCUGCAAAGCCUCCAGAUGAGGAUCUUCAGUUGUGGAUCUCUAAUUUCGGAGAGACGGGUUUCAUUGUUGUGACUCUGGGAUCAAUGGUCUCUUCAGUUUCUGUGGAUUUUCUGCUAAUGGAGCUGGUGGCUGGCUUCUCCCAGAUCCCUCAGGGGGUGAUCUGGAGGUAUGACUCCAGGCGAUGGCCAUCUAACCUGGACAGACCUCCAAAUCUCAGACUUGUGGACUGGCUGCCUCUUAAUGACCUGCUGGGCCACAAACAAGCACGUCUGUUCAUCACCCAUGGUGGACAGAAUAGCCUGCUGCAGGCAGUGUACCAUGCUGUUCCGGUGCUGGCAAUCCCUCUGUUUGGAGACCAGUUUGAUAAUGUGGUGAGGGCUGAAACAAAGGGACUUGGCCUCACCAUCAGACCCACACAAAUCACCAGGGAACUGCUCAGUUCCACUAUUCAAACACUCAUGCAGGACAGCAGGUUUAAGUCUUCAGCUUUGUCACUGAGCAGGAUUCACAGGUCCCAUCCUGUCCCUCCGGCUCUUCGACUCAUUCAGUGGGCGGAGCACAUCCUGCAUAGCGGAGGAGGAACUCAUUUAAGGCCAGCUUCACUAAUGCAACCAUGGUACCAGAGAUACCUGUUGGACCUGGUGUUUUUUCUUUCCCUGGGACCUCUUGGACUUGUAGUUCUCAGCUGGACUUUCUGUAGGAACAAUAAAAGCAGGGAGAUACACAAAAAAAUUCAGUAGCGGCAAGGAACAUUUCCUCAGAGGUACUUCGGAUUUAUACCUCAGUUCUGCUCUACUUGUGCCAAUGUGAGAGGUUCUAAAAACUGAAUUUCUGAUACCUUAAAGUACUGCAGCUGUUCAGUAACUAAACCAUGCUUUUUGUAACUGCUUCAUACAACAUACAUUAAUGAAUAGAUAAAACAAGUAAGCAGUAUCAGGCAGGCAUGUUGAUGUGGGAGAUCUUUGC